AUGGGCGGUUGGGCAAUAGCGGUGCACGGCGGCGCUGGUGUGGAUCCGAACCUCCCCACAGAGCGUCAGGAAGAAGCCAAGCAACUCCUCACUCGCUGCCUCAACAUCGGCAUCUCCGCCCUUCAAUCCUCCCUCUCUGCCAUUGACGUCGUCGAGCUCGUCGUACGCGAAUUGGAAACCGAUCCCCUGUUCAAUUCGGGACGCGGAUCUGCACUGACCGAGAAAGGAACGGUGGAGAUGGAGGCGAGCAUCAUGGAUGGCUGCGGCCGGCGUUGCGGCGCCGUUUCCGGCAUCACCACCGUGAAAAACCCUAUCUCCCUCGCCCGUCUCGUCAUGGACAAAUCCCCUCAUUCCUACCUAGCUUUCUCUGGCGCCGAAGAAUUUGCGAAAAAACAG